AUGAAUAUUUUACGGAGGUAGGAAUUUAGUCCCUCCAUUGUUGCUUCAAACAAAAUGAUAAUACAAAUCUUUAAACCUCUCCUUUUUAUUCACAAUACCAAAUUCUUGAAUUUCUCUGUCAAUGUGGGGGUAAUUAGGCCUAGCCAAGGUCAACAACAUCAAUGGCAACAUGGCAGACAACCCCAAAAGGGGAAUUUCCUGGUGGAAUUGGGGAUGGAAAUUGUUAUGCAGAAAUACCUCUUCAUUCUCCUGGAUUAUGGGGUUUACCUGAUUCUCAUGAUUUUCUUAUUUUCAAUUUGCCUAGACUUCUUUUACAAUUAGCCAUCAUUUUUCUGCUUACUCAAUCUCUACAUUUGGUCCUUAAACGUAUCCGUCUGCCCCGCCUUAUCUCUGAGAUUUUGGCAGGUAUCAUACUUGGUCCAACAAUGCUUGGAAAAAUCCCAGACUUUACAGAGACAUUAUUCCCACAACCAGGAGAAAUUUUCAUAGAUUUAAUGUCAAAAAUUGGGUAUAUAUUUUUUAUCUUCUUAAGUGGAGUGAAGAUGGACCCAAAAAUGGUGUUGAGAAGUGGUUCAAGAGCGUGGACAGUAGGAUUGCUUGCUGUUAUUCUACCGGUGGCCUCUUUCGCGAGCUUGUAUUUUGGAUAUUUUUCACUAGAUGAAAACAUGCAUAGAUACCGAAAACCAGCCACUCAAAGUAUUUUCUUGAUACAGAGUUUGAUUGCAUUUCCUGUGGUUGCUUCUCUCCUUGUUGACCUGAAAAUCAUGAAUUCUGAGCUUGGUCGUCUUGCUCUUGCAUCAACUUUGAUCAGUGACCUAUUUAGUAAUCUGGGGUUGACUAUCUUCUCUACUCUUAGAAUUGGAGUGUCGGCGGAGAUUCCUAUGGUUAUCUUUGUCCAGUCUUUUGUUCUACUUGUUGGCAUAAUCUUUCUUAUUGUGUUUACUGUUCGACCGCUUUCACUUUGGAUCAUCAAAAGGACACCAGAAGGCAGGCCGGUAAAUUCCGUUUACAUUGUUUGUGCAUCUGUCACAGUCAUGUUAGCCGUGAUUCUUACGGAUAACGCGGGGCUUAAUUACCAGUAUGGUCCUUUUAUUCUCGGUCUUGUUAUACCGGAUGGUCCACCUCUCGGAUCAACAUUAGUCGAGAAGUUGGAGACCAUAGUAUCUGGUAUGCUUGCACCCCUUCUAGUAACUUAUUGUGGUAUGAAAGUAAAUCUGGUUGAUUUGUACGAUCUCACGUUCCUGUAUUGGGUAUGGGUUAUGGUGUUCUUUUGUCUUACGGUAAAGUACGCGUCAGUUUUCCUUCCGGCAUUGGCGUGCAAGGUGCCGCCAAAAGAUGCUGCUGCUCUUGCCUUUAUCAUGAGCACACAAGGUGUUAUCCAGAUGUCUUUUUACUUUAACAACAUUAUUAAUCAGACAUUUGAUGGAGAAACCUUUUCCAUGCUAACUGCAUCGGUAUUACUCAUAGCUGCACUCUCGCAUUUCUGUGUUGGGUCGCUGUAUGAUCAUACAAGGAUAUACGCCGGCUAUCAGAAAAGAGACAUCCAACAUGCUUCAAGCAGUUCUGAGUUGCGCUUGCUUUUAUGUACUCAUCGAUUUGAUGAUGCUGUAGCUGUCCGUAAGGUCUUAGAUGCCUCUUUUCCAUGUAAAGAAAGUCCUUUAUCUGUGUAUGCACUACAACUUGUCGAACUUGCUGGUCGGGCAUCCCCGGUUCUAAUUGAUCACCAACUUGGCCAAAAGAAUGUUUCUGGCAUUUCUCGGUCACAAAAGAUUGUGGAAGUUUUUCUAUCAUUUGAACAGCAGUACCUUGGAUCUGCUAGUACUCAUUUCUUUACCUCAAUGUCACUACCAAGGUUCAUGCAUCAGGACAUUUGCUCGCUUGCAUUCGACAAGUUAGCGUCGAUGAUCAUACUACCGUUUCACAGGAAAUGGAAUCACCAGGGAAAGAUUAUCUUGGACAGCAGUAAUAUAAGGACAAUCAACAAUAAUGUAUUGGACAUGGCUCCUUGUUCUGUAGGUAUACUAAUUGACCGUCAGAAAAUCAAGCGUCUAACAAGUCAAUCAAGUCAGUCAACGAUGUAUCAUGUAGCUGUGGUUUUCAUUGGAGGCAAUGAUGAUCGUGAGGCGUUAGCUUAUGCUAGACGGAUGUCAAAAUCGCCAGAAAUUCACUUGACUGUCGUUAGAUUCGUGUCAUGGGACAUCGACAUACGUGAAAACCAGUGGGAUGCUGUACUUGAUGCUGAGUUAUUAAAGGAGGUAAGACUUCUAGGUCAACACCAAGAUAAUAUUGUGUAUAGAGAGGAAAGAGUUAAAGAUGGAGCUGAAACAGCUUUGAUCAUACAUGCUAUGGAAGAAGCCUUUGAUCUUAUAAUGGUCGGAAGGCGCCAUCGCGACGAUCUGCAACAAUUAUUAGGACUUAAUGAAUGGAAUGAUUUACCAGAACUUGGACCAGUUGGUGAUAUGCUUGCUGCUGCAGAGAUAAAUAGACCAGUUUCAGUAUUGGUGGUGCAGCAACAAAUUGUUAAGAACAAAUGAGAAUGUGAACCCCUUAAAGAGAAGCAAAUUGACCAUAUAAUAUACAGUAAAACCUCUAUAACAGUUUCAUUUGUUCUAGAUUUUUUUGGCUGUUAUAACGAAGUGCUGUUACAUAAAAUCAAUAUUAUAUUAUAACAUGGAAAUUGGUUUUAAAAAAACUUGACUUUUAUAGUGAAUGACUGUUAUAGAGAGGUCUGACUGUAUGUAAAUGGUUCUCCCAGAUCAAGCAAAUUAUGCCUUGAUGUAGAUAUCUUUGUGCAUUUAUAGUAAUACCAUGUCUAUAUGUAAAUUAAAUUUAAAUUUUCAUGGCAUAUAACAGCACACUUCUCUCAACUAGCUACUCAACUUUCAUAAUUCCUUAGUUUAAUUUGCUUUGGUGCAAGACAUAA